CAAUGAAGCGAGGGCUGCUCGUGGCGGGAUUCUUCUCGCUGCUCGUCUUGAUCGCUUCGCUGCGAUCGCUUCCGAGAUCCAGGAUGCUCAGCGGAGUGUCCUACAAUCAGAUCUGGUGGAGUGAUCCGAGUGGUAGGCGUGAUUUCGAGCAAUGCUCGUGGUGGAAUGAUCUGCAGCAUGCUCUUCCCGGUGUGAGCAAUGGCUACAUUAUUGUGGAUUGCAAUGGGGGCCUCAAUCAAAUGCGAAGGGAUUUUUGCGAUGGUGUUGGAGUUGCACGUCUUCUAAACGCGACACUGCUGCUACCUCAAUUUGAAGGAACUCCGUAUUGGAACGAUUCAAGUGGCUUUUCUGACAUUUUCGAUGCGGAUUUUUUUAUCGAAACUAUGAAGGGUUACGUUCGCGUUGUAAAGGAGCUUCCUCCCCCUUACGCUUCCAAGAAAACGGUGCUGAUCGACUGCCAGAAAAAGAAGCUCUUUGAUUACGUUGAGGCUGUUUUGCCCGUGUUACUCAAAGAGAAAGUAGUAAUCAUUCGACCCGCGGCAAGCCAAAGAUCGGACAGGUAUCCACUAUGGGCCAAAGCGUCACGGUGUCAAGCUUGCUAUAAAGCUCUCCGUCUCGUGCAGCGUCUUGAGAACACAGCUCAAACGGUCUUGGACGCGAUUCCCCGUCCGUUUCUAGCACUCCAUUUGAGAUUCGAGCCGGACAUGAUCGCGUACAGCAGGUGCACGUAUUCCAACCUCUCGAAGGCCUCGCUAGACGCCAUCGAAGCCGCUCGCGACAACAAAGCACCUUUCACCGGCAGCCUCGCGGAAUCAUGGAGAAACAGGGGAAAGUGUCCGCUUACUCCCGGAGAAGCUGCGUUCGUCCUCCAGGCACUCAGAGUUCCCACCACCAUGCCAAUCUAUCUCGCCUCCGGCUCUGGCCUCCUCGAGGAGACGGCCUUUUCCAGAGUAUACCCCAACAUAUAUCGGAAGCUCGCCAUCCUCGGCGCCGACGCUCUGAAAGGCUUGCACGGCAACAGCAAAGCGGCAUUGGACUACUACGUAGCCGUCCACAGCGACAUUUACGUGGCUACUUACUUCGGAAACAUGGACAAGAUGGUGGUGGCAAUGCGAGCAAUGCACGGCAGUGGCAAGACGCUGGUACUCAACAGGCAAGCUUUCGCAACCUCAGUAUCGUCGGGACUUAGCGGUGCCGAGCUCGCUCAGCGAAUGUGGGAAGUUCACAGCUCAAGCCUCUUCACCGGGAGAAAUCUACCGUUACCGGAUUGCUUCUGCCGUAGUACGGGAAGGACAAGAACAAAGAACAGUGACUAGCUAAUCAUCGGCAAGGAGAAGUCUGGCCACUCUCUUCGCAGCGAAAGAUCAUCUGGUACAGUGGGCGGCGAAGUUUGGCGACACAAAGUAAAGGAGGAAAAGGACGAGAUUCUUUUAAGUGGCAACAGCACUAUCAGCGCGGGCAAAUGCAUCGGCGAGCACAACUUUAGACGAGUCGGCUUUCCGCAGUGACGAUCUCUUCGUGUUUGAGGAUGGCGACAGCAAAACCGUCUAAGAGCUUUGGCGCUGCGAGCGAAGGAAAUGAAAAGAUGGUCCUCGGGCUCGUGGACGGCAUCGGGCCGUCGAGCUCCGGGGGAUCCGACGGUGGGCUGGCCGGCUACGUGGUCUAUCUAUACGUGCGUGGUUUAGAUUGGCCGGGCGACGUGGCCGGUUCUGUGAUCUUCACCGUCUCGGCCGGUGCCGGCCGGUUGCUGCCGCGUGGGUGAGUUCGAUGCAGUCGCGGGUGACCGGGUGGAACCGGGGCCGCCGGUGAAAGACAGCUUAUAGUCACGUGAAAUAUCUCUCUCUCUUAGCC